AUGCAUUUGCCCCGAGGCGCAUUAAGUUUGCUGUUUAUCACUUGCAUGAUGUUUGCCCUGACAAGCGGCCAUCCAUCAAACGACAAGCUUAAGAUACGCAUCCAUGUGCCAGUGAAGCAUCAUACGCAUGUGCACACGAACACGGUGAUAAAGAAGGUGCCGUUGCCCAUCCCGGUGCCGGUCAAGGAGCACAAGGAGCCAAAGAAGCAUCAUCGCAGCAGUCAUAGCCAUCAUCAUUAUCAUCAGCAGCAGGAUGAGCUCGAUGAUGAUUUCGAGGGUUACGAUUAUCCCGUCAAGGCCAAGCGGCGCACGCGGCAUCCUUUUGUCUAAUAAUGUCCACGUGUGGGCGUCACGCAUUGUGGGCGUGUCAUCAACAUGAGAACCAAACGACCACACACGCACUCCUACACACACUCACACACACACUCACGUAAUUUUCGCAUAUUAAGCAAAUAUAAACCAAAAUAAUGAUCGAAUGAAAUGGACAAGUCUUACUAAAGCAAAGAUAUAUAGACAUAUAUAUAUUUAACUGGGUGUGAUUUGUCACUGUUUAGACAAUAAGCGAUGCCUUUUCUGUGCAAUAAACAAAUAAAUAAAAGU